UGUUCAAUUGUCACUGGCGAAUCCUCGGCCGGAAUGGAAACUUCCUGACCUUGAGGUCUCAGGCUUGGUCCUUAGUUUACCAAGCACAGAACAUCGUUUUGGCAUAUGCAUGGUUUCCCUCAUGACUGGACACCCGUGAUGCACCUGCAGAACAUUGCAUAAUGGCACCUGCAGAAAAGUUGCUUCAGCGCCCUGGUCCUUCAGAAUUACAGAUGGAUGGAAAAACCCUUUAGGACCCAGUGUGGUUACAGAAAAAAGGAAGCACGCUUCCAUUGAGCUAAGUUGUCUGAAAAAAAGUGAUGAAAAGUGCACGAAGGUGCAGAAGGCAAAUGUUGAGGACUGCUCUGGUCGUGAAAUUCGGCAACAGUUUGUACAGCUAAGUUCAGCUUGUGCAUUCCAGGUGGGUUGCUCCAUUGGUGGAGAGCUUAGGAGGCAACUGCCACAGCAAAUGAGCGAUGCUUCGUCAAGCCCACAAGGGAUUUGCCACUUCAUCACUGCUCAGGUCGUGGCACGUGAGAAAGCUGGAACUACAGUUGUGCCUUACUGAUGAUAUCGUCGAAUUUCCUCCCUUUGGCUUCUACAACGUCCUGAUCAAUCCCGCGAAUGAGGCCUUGGUUGGCACCAAGCUUCCUUACUUCCCGAUGCAAGUUGAACCCCCACCAGAGCUACGCAAUUCAAGGUGGUGUGGAAUGGAAGCUGGAUCAUCUAUGUUCUAUCCCAUGCAGGUUGUGGAUGGUCGAGUCCAUCGAUUGGGUGGAUCUUCUUUGAGAGAGGCCUGCGAGAGACUUCCAGACCGCUCUCCUGGGGUGAAGUGUCCUACAGGAGAAGCUGUGGUGACAGAAGCAACCGCGGGCCUAAGAAUGUAUUUUGAGCAUAUUGUUCAUGCUGUCCCGCCAAUGUAUACUUCACCGACUUGGGAAAGAUGUUUGUCACUCUGCUGGCAGGCCCCUGGUGAAGUCACCAUCGCUGCACUCAGUGGGUUCAACACAUGGCAGGCUGCUUUGGAAAAGGCCUGGAGUUGUGGAAGCGCGCCAACGGUCACCAGCCCAUUGCUUGGGGCUGGUGCCCGCGGCGCACCUGUAGAGGAGGCAGCUCGAGUUGGGGCGAAAGCAAUUGCAACCUGGGCUCAAGCUGCAGAAGGAAUUCUUUGCUUGGCUUUCUGCGAUGAAGCUGUUGCAACAGCAGUAGAGGUCGAGGUUCGCCGUGUGCUUGACUCGGCCGAAGGCUGCAAGAAAAGGUCCGCCAAUUUCAUCCAAUGGGAUGAUGAAAUCCUUGAUCAUCGUCGAGAUGAACAGCCACAUUUGCCUGAGCUGAAGCGGCUCGCGCAUGAGAUGGGAGAUAGCAUCUUGAAGCGCUUGGCCAUGAAUGCUACGAAAUGGGGCUUGGAUCAAGAUGCCCUGAACGGCAAGCUCCUGGAAGGUCCGAAAGUCCCAAACAGGUCGGCCAAGUUGGCUCAGCUCAAAGCAAGGCGCCAAGAAUUGGAGACUCAGCUUCAACGUCAGCAAGAGGAGGAAGACAGACGAAAUGUUGAAGUACUUGGGCGCUUCAAGGCUGAAUGCGAUUCAGUUCUGAAGUCGCAGGAACAGGAGUUGCUACAACUGCGAGCACCAAGCCAGGUGAGCCAGGAUGCCAAUGGAGCAGCGCGCUUCAAGCAAGACCUCCUGGAGCAGUUGCAGAAUAUCCAGAAGCAGCUGGCCGAGACCAAGGAGCAGGUCAGCGAGCUUGACCGCUUGAAACAGGGCCUGGACAAGAUCGAAGACCGGCAGAGAAGGGCGAUUCCUCCAAUCGAAGCACUUCUGGCCAGCACCAUGGACACCUGGCCAGAAGAUACAGAGGACGAACUUUUGGCAGCGAACAUCCGCAAAGGAGAGCAGGCGCAAGCUCUGACAAAGCCAAACAUCCUGGGAAUUCUUGCGAUUGUGGCCGUGACGGAAGCUGCAUCAAAGCAUGGCUUUAAGGUUCCGCCAUUCCUGAACUGCGAGGGUCCGACUUUCCAUCCCAUUUGGUCAGUGUUUCGAGAGUCAGCCAUUGCAAAUGCGCAGGCAGGGUAUCCAAGGAAUGAAAGCCUUCGAGAGAUGGCCGUGGACUUGAUCACCACUUUUGAGCCAAGCAUGCUUCUUGGUGCAAGAGCUUGGGUUGUGCAGCUUCGAAGUGCGGCCACUGGAGAUAUUUACCAUCUGAGGAGGCAAACUCAGUUGGGGACAGCGGAUGAUGUGGCGUUUACUUUGGCCUCAACCAACAUUGGCUUGCAAGAAAAUUUAGGACGGCAAACUUCCACCCAGGCUGAAACUGAUCCUGCUGGAUUUUGCCUUUAUGGCUAUGUACAAGCCUUGUUCAUUGAGUUCAGACACACCAUUCCGCUUCAGGAGGAAGGAUCGGAGCUGCCCAGCAAUGAUCCCCGUCUCGCCGCCUGCCAUGACCGCCGUCCACUCCUUGAUGUAGCAGAGCAGCUGCUCGGCGGUGAGACCUGCGAAACGGAUUUCCUGGAGAGCUCAGAGUGGCCUCUGAAGACAUUUGACCUCCAUCUCAGUCUGCAUUCGACCCUUUCUUUGCACUCAUCCUCCGACUGUCACGUUUUGUUCGAUAUGAAUGAAUUCGUUUCAAGACCGCACGAGGGCAGCUGGCUACCAAAGCCACAAUUGGGUUUCAAGCCACAAAAACCACUCCAGUCGUUGCAAAUUGCAGCCUUUGGCUUGCAUGUGGCAAGCACUUUAGAGCCUGUGGCUGCUUUGAGUGAGGCUCUACGCACAUCAAACCCUGAUGGCAACCUGCAGGUUUCAUACUUUGGCCACCCUUGUUAUGGACGACCUGGAGACAAGUCAUUGAGGCAUGCCUGUGUCUACAAAUGUCAAAUGCUUGGCUCACCUUGCGAAGAUGAUGCUGUGGCAGACAUGUUGAAGGGCAUGUUUAACAGCUCUGGCUUUUAUGAGGAGGUUCCAUGGUCCAUCCCGGGCGCCCUCGCAGCUUUGGGCAAUGCAUGGCGAGACGACGCUGCGGACCUCAUGGUGUGCUCUGGCCCAUUGGUUCUGUGCUAUUUGUUGGAUGUUUUGGCGCCUUCAAAGUUGAUGGUAAUGACAUUGUGCUCUCAGCUACUCUGGGGAGCACCACCGGGAGAACAAGUUGGAGCCAUGCUUUUGGGUCAGGUCCGGAUGAUGUCUCAGAAUCCAAGGCGGGCACUGGCCGCUUGCAAUGUCUUUGCAGCUUCUCAAUGCCUAUAUCAGACUGGCAUUGAAUUGCCCGUGGUUGAGCGUGUGGCGCAUUAUCUUCCAGCAGUUUCAUGGGGUCCCCAUGAAAGCCACUGGAAAGAGGUCCUGGUGCUACGUGCUCGAUAUUGGCACCGACUUCCUGGGCAAUACUUCAUGGAUGUGUUGGAAGCAUUUCUGCGGCUGAAUGAGUUUAGUCACAACUUCACCUUUGUGAUGGCUGCAUCAUUUGGCCCUGAUGAGCUACCGCCAGAUGAAAUUGCUGGAUAUCGAGCGACCGUGCUGAUUCCAAAUGAUUUGACAGUGUUUGCCUUUGUAGAGGUCUACGCGUUAGGUGUGCCAACCUUUGUGCCAGAGGCAAGCUGGCUUUACCGACUGCGUCGCGCAGCACCCUUCGGAUUCCUCCAGCCUUCCAUGGCUUUGCCAGACCUCACUGGAAUCCAUGGAAACUUCAGGUAUCCGCCUUUCCUUACAGCGAAGAACGACCUUGAGGACCUAAAGACAUUUUUGCACUGGCAGCAGACGUCAGAACUGCACACUCGGCCUCAUGUUCAGCAGUUUGGCAGUAUCCCACAGCUGCUCUACCUGACGGCUUCAGCGGAUUUGCUGCAGAUCAGCAAGGGGAUGAGAGAGCACUCGUCCAAGCUGCGACAGGAAGCUGCUGAUUUUUGGACCUCCGUGUUGCAUCGCUUCGAAGCACUGCGAAGGACAAAGACGGAGGCUGAAUCAGCGCCAGUUCUCAGCAGCUUCAUGAGCUCGGGACAUGUCAUUGGCAAUGGUGGCAGUGGUGGCAACGGACAUGAAGAGCACAGUCAGCUGCGAGCAUUCUUGGACUGUAGUGCAGAGGAACAUGGAGCUUGGAACUCUUUUCGACAUGCGUUCCAGAGCAAUGCUGCUGCUGGUUUCUCCAUAAACUGGGAGCUUCAGGCAAUGGCCCAGUCUCUCUGGAACAGCGUGCAAGGAUCCCCACAAAAUUUUGCUGCUGCGUCUGCCCUGUUUCAUCAGGUGUUGAUAGGUGAUGCAGCAGUGGAAUUGGGGAUUCGCUCUGGACAUUGUCACUACGGUUUAGUUGCUGCGUUGUUCAUCCUUGCAAGACAUGAUAGUCAUGGCAAUGCAUUCCACUAUUCAGCUAUGGCUUUGCAAAUGCUGGGUGGCUCUGCUGCUCUGGAUUUUCUGGAAGAUUCGGCCUGGCCUUUUUCUUCUUUGGACUUGACCUUGGCCAUUCUGCAUCAAUCCACAUCACCUGGUGACGAAGGAACGAUUGGAACAUGUCCACUCUUCUCUUGCGCCAACUUUGGACGUGUCAGAUCAAUCAUUGAAGACCGCAUUCCCUGGAGUUCUUUGAGCCACAGGAUCCAGCACAACUUGCCAGUUGGAUACGAAGUGCCAAACCGAAAGUGGAAGGUGGCUGUUGUGGGAGUCCAUCCGAGCCUUUCUGCUGACAUCGCCUUUGCUGUGAAUGCAGCACUUCGAGGGCGCACGGAACAUCAAUAUUUUGGCUUGAGCUGUCCAGCUCACCACUCUGCGGUUCAUCACUGCUCUUUCCGAUGUGAAGUGCUUGGUCAAUGCUCCAACGAUGCCAUCUUUGAUGUGAUCCUGGGGCAGAUGCUGAAUUUUGCCGACUUCACCCAAAAAUCCUUUGACCAACAGGUCCUCACCCAGGAGUUGCAGGCCAUUGUCUCCUCGGAUGCCUUCCUCUCGGGCGCUGAGCUCCAAAUUUGCACUGGGCCCUACUACUUGUGCCACAUGUUGCAACAGGUCCUGGAUGCACCGAUGCUGAUCUACAUGGGUUUGACAAUGACCUACAUGGCGCCCUCCUAUGCUGUAAAAGAGAUGUUGGAAUCGGCUCGCUCCAUUGCAUCAGACUUCACUUGGAUGGGUUCGCAAGGCGUGGGGAGCCGUCGCACUGCAGUUGUGGCUACUGACUUGAUCCGUGCUGCUCAAUUCCAUCAUGCAGUGGGAGUAUGGAUUGCUGCUCUUCCUCCCCUCUCGUUGUAUCAAACCGAAGGACUGGCUUCCAAGACCACAAGGAAUCUAGAGGCAAUUGCACUGAGACCUGAACUGUGGCGUCGUGCUGCCUUUUUUCCUGCUCUUCGUGGCCUGCUGCGGCAUUUCACAGAUGCAAAGACCAAAAUUGCAUUCCAAACGCAUUUCUUGCCGAUGCGCAGCAUCUUGUCCUACAGCGCAGCUAUCCUCGUCCCCUGGGACAAUGAUGUGAUGUCCUUCUAUGAGCUGUAUCAUGCAGCCGUGCCGCUUCUGAUGCCUGAUGAGAAACUCAUGACCAAAUGGCUUCCUUCAGUUCGAUGGGGAUCUUUGGAAUUCGAGCACCCGAAUGACCCAAAGCCAAGUCCCUCUUUGAUCCGCUUGGACCAUGGGCAGGGCCUUCAAGCCUGGAUGAACCAGUCGACCUUGCGGAAUGUGCUUGAAGCUGAAGGCACAAGUUGGAUCGCUGCAGCAGAUUACUAUCGCUUUCCGCAUGUCCAAUACUUCCACUCGGUUGCCUCUUUAGUGCAACAGCUGCAGAGCUUGAGCCCCGCCACGGUAGCCACUUCGAUGAGACGUGCCAGCCAAAAAAUCCAGUCCCAGACGUUGGCAGCAUAUCGACAAGUGCUCCAACACGUGUUGGGAUUUGGUCACAUCUAUGAUUCAAGCGAUUCGAGCGAUUCAAGUUCCCGUCAGCUCUCUAAGUUGAGAGGGAACUGGAAUCAGAUGCAGCUGGGCGGUACCUGCAAGAAUGGCUUCAUCACCCAGGCAGACUUCCUUGCUGAGCCUAAAAGCUCUCCGCAAGUGGGCCUUCAUCAGUGCUUGAGACUCUGUGACGAAACUGCCGGCUGUGAAGUGGCAGUAUUCAACGGUCUUACCUGCAUGGUCUAUGACCAGUUCUGCAAUACAACAGAUCUUCGCCGAGAAGGCAGGCACAAAAUGCAUUAG